AUGUAUCUUCUCGCCGAAAAUGGGGCGCUCCUCCGCUGUGCUUCUGCCUCUCCUGUCGCUGCUCGCCGCUCUGUACACGACACCAUUUUCCGUGUCUUCUGCCUUCGACGCACGGUGCCUGGGGAUGCGACGGCACGCCUGUCUUUCGAUUACGUUUUCGCACAUUUACAAACUUGCCCCGUGACACACAGAGCAUGGAACGUGCGUGUGUGUGUUUGUCCAGAGCUACCAGGUGAGUCUGCGCCCCUUGCUGAAUUUGAACUCGCGCACGCUUUCCCCUCCCUUCUUCAACUGAGCCUGCGUCAGUCCCCAUCAUCUGGACCAGAUCCAUCACCAUCAGGCACGGAGACUCCACAGCCUGACGACGACACUUCUCCCGCACCAAAUGGGCAGUCCUCUUCUUCAGAGGAGACGGAUGGUGCUACCGCUCCACUCCAACUAGAAACGACCCCGGAUUCAAACGAGCCGAAUGGUGACUCGCAGCUACAUCAAGGGGGCCAAGGACCCGGUUCAGAUGGAGAGACGCCCCCAGAGCCUCGCUCCCUGCCUGAACCACAGAAUGCGGACGCCGGCUCGCCUGCUGAGCAGGACGUUCAAGACACCGCCAGAGAGAUCUUCUCGUAUUUCAUUGCAGGCAAAGGUGAAGAGCUGCUCACGUGUGCGGAAUGGAACCCUAGGAACAAAUGGCCAAGGUUGACAAAAAGGUUCUGCCGGCGACUCCGCGGCCAGCCCCAACUUGCAGAAAGUUGUGAACAAGUGGCUGUCCAACUCCAGAACGCCAUGAAAGACUUGUACAUUCAGCCGGGUCCAAACCCUGUCCCCGAAGUUCUUAGGGGGCUGCGGUUGGAUCUGGUGCAUCCCGUGAUCCCCAGAGACCAAAAAAAGCAUCGCAAGAACCCUGCUGCCGCUGCCCGCGCUCGUGAGGACGCGGCGUCUCGAGCCAUGAUGCUUCUGCAGCAAGUACCGGAACCAGAUCCUGUUUUUAUUGGCCUAAUCGUCAGUUUGGUCAACAUGCAGCCCUGCUGGAGGAGGACACGCAAGAUCGACAUUUAUCCUCUCCGGUCGGGUGCAAAGAUUCUGGAGGUCAAGAGGCGAGAUGCGAUUGCCCAUGCGUUCGCCGGAGCGCUGUUGGCGGCCUUCUUCAGCCCUAGUGAGCAAUGCCAAGGUAACCCUCUGCCUUACAAUUGUGCAGUUCUCCGGGGCUUUCUUCAGGCUCGAGACGCUAUCGAUACAGUCGCGGCCACCGUCAUCCGAAGCGCCGCAGAAGAGACCCAGGUUACGAAUUCCGGCAGCCUACUGCCACAGGAGGAGGGAGCGACGACGGCAAGCUCGGCGACUGUGACGCCUGCGUCCGAGGAACUGUCAGAUGCAUUACUGCACGCCAGACUACGCGGCUAUUACACAACCCGAACAGUCGUAGCCACGUCAGGCAAAGCUGGAGCCGUCGUUGGAUUUCUUGGGCGGUCGAAGAUGUUGGCCAAGUUGAUUUCAAGGCUCAUCACGAUCCUGAAACCCUUGCUUGCUAGACAGCUUGGAAACGACCCUCAGCUGAUCGCAGGGCUCCAGCAGCCAGCAGGCGAAACGAAAGGGAUUCGCGCGUUCUUUGUCGAGCACACGGCGGCCACCGUGACUUGCGGAACAGGGCGUAUUGGUUUGGGAAAUGUCGCGGCGAAGCUGUUGACUCGAGUCCUGGGCGCCGUGUCAACCCAGGCCGCCGGUUCAGGAAAGUCUACCAGUUUCCUCACGCUUCACGCUACGUCUUUUCUUGAGUUCCCCACGUCGGACAGCCAUGUUCAACCGGCGUCUUUCCCAGGCUUUCAACUCCACCAGCCUGUGCAUGGCACUGCCCGAGCUCUGGUGCCCAUCAGCUUCGUCUCCACUCAGAAAAAGGGCAAAAACAAGUCAUGGAGUCGACAGAAACCAGGUCUCUACUUUGGGGCGGUCUCACUAAUUGCUGUCGCCGUCGGAUGCGGUGUAGCCUACGGCGUUUUGUGGCUGGCUCCUUGGGCAGUCGCCCUUGCUGUUAUUGCCUUAAGUGCUGUUGUGGUGGCCACAGUCCUUAUCAUCAUCCUAGCAGAAAAGGCUGCGCUCCGGCGCUGGUUCCAGAAGGGUGCCCACGUUGCCCAGAGGGCUCAAAUGCUGAGGGCCGAAGCAGACAGGAGGCGGAAGCAAGCGCAAGACAGGCUGAGAGCGAUGGCUCAGCAAGAUAGAGGUUUCGGUACAAACGGCGGUCCAGGCGGCAAUACAGGUAAUUUUCCGGGGAAUUUCCCACCUCCGCCGCCUUCAGUUUCGGGCUAUCCGCCGCGACCAGGAACUCCGCCAGGACUCGGCGAACAACAUCGGAGCUAUCCACCAAUUGACCAGUCGCCACCUCGAGUGCCCAUUUACCCGCCCACGGUAUAUCCAGCGCCCGAACCCUACCAUUAG